AUGGGCUUGAAAACAUUGCUUUUCAGAGCUUUUGGCCUUGUCGCUCUGACAAAUGCCUCUACUAUUGACCAACGAUCUAAUAAGCCAGCCAACACUCAGUACUACAACUCAAAGACCUCUCAAUACUAUAUUGAGCCAAAGGGCAUCCCCGAGAUUUCGUUUGAUGUCGGUGAGAGCUAUGCUGGACAGAUCCCAGUCGAUUUGAAAAAGACCGGCUCCAAAGACCCAAAGUUCUUCUACUGGUUCUUUCCAACUGUCAACCCAGCUGGCAAGGAUGAUGUUGUCAUUUGGUUCAAUGGUGGUCCAGGAUGCUCGUCUUUAGAAGGCUUCAUACAAGAGAAUGGUCCUUUCAAAUGGCAGUACGGAACAUACAAGCCUGUCCCCAAUGCAUGGUCAUGGCAUAAACUAGCUAAUGUCAUUUGGGUCGAAUAUCCCAUUGGCACAGGCUUUUCGACUGGUCAUGUUACAGCCCACAACAAUACCCAGACAGCAGACGAAUUCGUCAAAUGGUGGAAGAAUUUCGUCGACACUUUCAGCCUCCAAGGCAAGAAACUUUACGUGACUGGCGAAUCCUACGCUGGUGUCUAUGUUCCCUAUGUCGGCGCUGCAAUGCUUGACAAGAAAGACAAGGAGUAUUACGAUGUUCAAGGCGCCUUGUACUAUGAUCCUGUCAUGCCGUACGCCGACGAGCUUCACCUCGAUAAGGCAGCUUUUCCAGCAUUCUUCAGACAUUGGGAAAGUGUCUUUGCGAUUCCCAACAAGAACAAGAAGAUCCUUGACAAUGAUAACGAGAAAUGUGGGCUGGACAAGUACCGCGAAGCGCAUUUGACGUAUCCUCCUCCAUCAAAACCGUGGAAGGCUGUUCAGACCAAGGGUUGUGACAUUACUUCUCACUUUGACGAGAUCAUCCCCGUAAUCAACCCAUGCUUCAAUGUCUAUCACGUCCAGGACACCUGUCCCGUGCUAUGGGAUAUCCUUGGGUUUCCAUCAGUCGAGUAUAAUCCCCCGGGUGCAACAAUCUACUUCAACAUCCCUGAAGUGCGAAAGGCUAUUCAUGCCCCUGCUGCACCCAAGAACUGGACAUCCUGUUCUGGUCCCGUCUUCAUCAAUGACGACCCACACUAUGACCCAGCCGAACACGAGAAGAAAUUCCAAACUCUCGUUGAGAAGACCAACAAUGUCAUCAUCGGCUCUGGCAUGGCAGACUACAUCAUCACAUCCAACACGACAGCUUUGGCGGUACAGGGACUCACAUGGAAUGGCAAGCAAGGAUUUCAAAAGGCACCGAGCGAAGAGUUUGUUGUGCCUAUUAUCAACAACACUGCGUUGAAUACUGAGAACUGGGCUGGUGGCAGUGUACAAGCUGUUCGCGUCAACCCAAGAGACCGUCUAACAACACUGCCUUCGAAGCUUAGGACGAUGGCCGAGGCCCAGAGCAUGGAGACUGACGGAGUCCCUCUCAGCAAUGCCGAGAAUAUCAACGACGAGACGCACGACAUGGAUGGCCUUACUCUGAGAGUUUGGCAUUUCAACAGCGCAGAUAGGGAGCAAAGAAGGGAGAGGGAGAAACAGCAGGAGGAAUUUGACGAUCGACAAUUGCGACGACACCUAUGUGGCGAGACGCCGGAAGAGUUACCCCAAUACCUGCAUCCCUUGGAUGCCAAAGACACCCUCGAUGUUCAAGAAGCUAUCUUGAACAGCGUGGGCUCUAUCAACCUCGCCGAAAGCAUCCAUGAUCAUUUUGGCGAUGACGACCUCCCCCCUAUAUCAAGGACAGGACUAGAGAUCCUCCAGGAGCAUUUGGAACUCUUUCAUCCGAUCGUUGACCAUGAGGCAAUCUUGAUCGAUAUUGGCUCUCAAUUGGCUCCACUGCACACUUGUAUCAGUGGUAUGAUCAAUCACUCUCGAGAAGGCAUGCCGCUGUCGACUAUUCGAGUGGAGGAGUGUUACUUGGACAGCGAAACCCCCGAUGGCAAAUUUGUGCUGAGCCGAGGCAUCUUGCAUGCACAGAAGAUUUCCGAUUUCGACGACGAUGCGGUUCCUGAUGCCAAUGUCAUCAUGAACCUUUGGGAUCAUCGAGCUGGCGUCAUCUCGGCAUUUGAUCGCCGCACGGCCAGGAUGCUAGACAAUCAGAAGCCCCCAUUCUUUGGGAGUAAGUCGGAACUCACGUCACGGUUUUCCGAUCCGGCGCAUGCACUCUCCAUGACACACAGCAGAAACGACGAUGCUGAGGGUUCUGGGUCUGGUCAGCAGACCGUCGACCACAUCAAGGAGCUACUAAAGAUCACGCACAACGGGGGACUUCACUACAUCUACCACUGUAUCAUGGACGACUUUGGCUUGAUGGCCGAAAACUACCGGGAAAGAUUAGUCUUGUGGCUAGCUUACAAAUGUCCCACUAUGAUUCGGGUCCUACAGCUUUUGGAGAAACAUGUGCGUCAGGACGGAAAUCGUGUUCUGCUCAUGGUGGAUACACUUUGGAUACAAAAUGUUGUCACGUCUCUUCUGGUACACUAUGGCUAUGUUGCAGUCACCACCCGAGCAUCAGACGAUGCUACCGCCUGCCAAGGCAUUAUGAACCAGUGGAACGACCCGGAUUCGGACCUUGACGUUUUUGUCGGCAACGUCAGUACGAUGAGUGCGGCAAUCAACCUGCAUUGGACAUGCCAUGUGGGAAUAUUCCUGAACUGGCAUAUUGACCCUGACAUUAUGGAGCAGCAUUUCCAAAGACUCCAUGGACCUGGCCAGAACGAGGCGGUCGAAUGGAUUUUGCUGAAGCAGGCCAACUCGUACCAAGACAAUGUCGAGCGUCUUGUGGUACAGAAGUGGCUAGUCACUGCAACCUCGAAGUAUGAUCUCCCCGAGUGGAUGGAUCAUGAGAUCCUGGAAAUCUGCCUCUGCGAGAUAAUGAAGUCUCGCUGGCACCAGCCCUUCAACAGGUACGCCUGGGUAGUGGAGCAUGAGUUCUCUAAGUCUGAGAUGAACUACCAUGGAGAUCAAACUGUCAUCCUUGGACACGUUUUUUCGAUGCUUGCACGGCUCUUUUUCACUGCACAUGGUAAAUCGGAGCAGGAAUUUUACAAAAGAAAUGUCGGCGCUUUUGUUGAGGUGGCGAAGUUAAUGUCGAACCCCGGAAGCUUGGACACCCUGUGCUGGAUUCGCCAGUUCAAGACAAUCCAAGAAGCUACAGAUUUCCUCCGGGUCAAUGAUGAGACGUUUGCAGCUCAGAUGGCUAAGAACAUUAGACCUGCUGUCAGGUCCGUCAAGUGGGAAAUGAAGAAAGGAAAGAAGAGUGAGGUCUUGUUUGCUCGCAAUGCCAGGCUCCGCGUUGCAGUCAGGGCCCGCCAGGCGAAGGCCACGGGGCGGAAGCGUAAGCGGUCUCCCACGGACGAGGCUAGUAUAGUCUCCCAGGUUACCUACCAAGUAGACAGUCAGUCGAGUGACGAAGACGACGAUUUAUCGGAUUGGUAG